AUGUUACCAUCAGGCGGUCUCUUUACUCAAGCGGCACUCGCGAUGAAACGUGCGGAAGGAGAUGGGUCCGUGCUGCUUCCAUAUAUGCUGGGGGGCGUCUUUGACUGGAUCCUGCUGGGCACGAUACUCGCCAUGGCCAUCCAGUGGGUCCAGUUCCGAAAGGAAGAGAAGAAGUUUACUAUCGGAUGCGUUGUCUUGUCGGUCAUAUCGGCUCUGGGAAGCUCCAUAUACCUACUUAUCUGGUUGACCAAGUCCUUUGUUUACGGCUUCGGAUCAUACACGGAGUUGUACAAGCUACACUGGGCAUCACAGUACCCCAUGUUCUGGGACUGGAGUACCACAGCCAUACAGCUCUUCUACGUUGAGCGAGCUUACAGGCUGAACAAGAACGCCAUUUGGAUCCCCCUAGCCAUCAUUCCCGUCAUGGUCGUGACUUGGGCGUUUCACAUCUACAGCGUCGUCGUAACGAAUGCAGAGUACGAAGUAGCGACUAAAGACGUGUAUAAUGAUCCUAUCGCAAAGGGAGGUUUAUACUUAAGGUCUCAGCACUCAAGUGCGCUAUAUAUCGACAUGCUCAUCACGUCCUGCAUCGCCUACGCGCUCUACAAGCACAAGACAGGCUGGAAGGCGACGGAUAGCAUGAUUGUGAGGAUGAUCUGGGUAUCGCUGGAGACCCAGCUUCCCGGUCUUAUUGUAUCCAUUCUCAUCAUCGGAUCAUGGGGUACCCGGCGCUUUGGCAUCAUCUUCCUUGUCACCCAACCCAAAGUCUACAUCGUCGGCUUCCUCGCUAUCCUCAACUUCCGCUUCUCCCGGCGAAACGACACAUCUCGGCAGUCCCGCUCGCCGGGGCCACACAUCUUCACCCCCGAGAGUAAGCGAUCGGCCGGAGCCAGGGACGAUCUCGACAGCCCCACCGACAGUAAGCACAGGGGAGAGGUACGGGUGGAUGUCGAGACGCAGGUCGUGCUCAGUCCAAAGGAGAUGGGGCUUGUCAGUCCGAGCAGGAUGAAUCGUGGAUGGGCAGAACUUCCUAGCUUGAACCAGCUCGAGUAUGACUCGCACUCGCAGCGCACGAUCGGGACGGGCGGGAGUGGUUUCUUGGCAGGAUCGAGCGAUGCCGAGUUGAAUGACUGGGCGGGGAAGGAGAAGGCAGGGGAUGUCAGGGCGAUCUGA